UUCCUGUAUUUUUUAUUAAAAUUCAGUUGCACACCUUCACUGCACUUUAUUUAUUUUAUUAUAUAGAGACCAUUCGGCUUCCUUGUGCAUUGAGAGUUCUGUCUUCGUCCCUUAACCAUUUGGCCUUUCCAACAAGCCUGCAGCACGAGAAGGGUAAAGGUCUGCGGUAGUCCCAAACAUAACCGCUUUAGUCCGUAUUGCGUAAACCAAUGUGCGAAUCCGCAUCAAAGUACACGGCAAUCCUCUCAAUAGGCUAAUUUGACGUCGUGGAAGCUCAACUCAACUUUACAGGUAUUUAGUAUGCCCUCUAUGCGCAUCCGUUUUAACGAUGAGCAGAAGAAAAGAGCUACCGUCAUCUUCAUUGUUCUCUUCGUUCUGAUUACAAUAGGGUUAAUAUGCAUAUCACGAAAAACCCCUCCGGGUAAUAUUAGCAAUGUAGUUUCUAGAAAAGCGAGGGUGCGAACGGCAUCGUUGCACCGCACCAACGACUGUUCAAAGAAGGUUGUUUGGGAAGAUAUGACCGAAAGUAUUGAACUUGCGACGAACUAUAUGAUUAAUGCCCAGACCGAGGAGGGGAACUUUAUUUACGAGGUCGACUGGAAAACCGGAGAGUUGACAGAUGAUGAUAACGAUGUGCGGCAAGCAGGUGCUUUUUUUGGGCUUGCUCUCGCCUUCAAUGACAAGCCCACAUCCGAAGUCGCCAGUGCGUGGCGUACGGCCAGGGUAUACUGGCAGCGACACAGCAAGGAGUCUAUUGUUGGUCCCGGAAGGUUCAUGAAAUAUCCGACGAAGGGGAAAGCCAUGCCUGCUCUCGCGUGCACUACCUUGGCUGCAAUGGGGUAUAUCGAUUUCCUACGGACCCCAGAGAGUCAUGAUGAUCCCGACUGGCCAAUCUAUAAAAGUGAAUUGGACGAACUUCUAAAGUUCUUGAUCUAUAGCAUGAAUGACCAUACGUACCUUGUACCUUCCUAUGUCAAAGAUAAUGGGGAGGCCACAAUAAAUGCCAACCCGUAUGGCAACGGCGAGUUUUUAUUGUGUAUCAUCAAAGCCACAAAAUACCUUGGCUAUCCAUAUGCAACCUUGGCUCACAACAAUGCACUGAGCGGGUUCGAGGAAUGGAUAAGUGGGCCGCUGGCGGAAAACGAUGAUCCAGAUGAGACGAAAGGAUAUUAUCAAUGGUCCUCAAUGAGUUGGUAUGAGCUGACCACCUCUACCGAGUUUUAUUCACCCACUGAGGAACAGGUCCUAAAUUACCGCAGAUGGCUUGUUAAAAUGGGCUAUUGGAUAAUCGAUAAACAUAGGAUUCUGAGGAGAAAACGCAAUACAGGCUACGCCUAUGAAGGUAUAAUUCAUGCACGGGAAGCCGCCCUGGCACUGAAAACGCAGGAGGGAGACAAGGCUGCUAGGUACUUCGCACAGACGGCGCAUACUGGAAUUUGUGGGCUGAUGCAGUGGCAGGUCGGAAACCGCUACCAGAAUGACUUUGUGAAGGGAGCUAAGAACGAUCCUAACUAUCUUGGAGGCGUCCAAAAUCACGCCUCUGAGCCGUUGCUACGCAUUGACACAACUCAACAUCAGCUUCACACGUAUAUUCUAUUUCUACGAUACAUCGCCUAGUUUGUAAAUUAUUCAAGAC